AUAUAUACAUAUACACACACACAUAAACACACCUAAAAAAAAACACACUAAUCAAAGAUGGGAUCUGAACUAACCUUUAGAGGCCAUGAACACCAAACGACGUCGGAUUCAUACUCACCUAAACCCAACAAACCAUGGCUUUCCAUCAUCAGACCUCUCCGUUACAUCCUCCGUGAAAACCGCCUCCUUUUCACCCUUGUCGGCAUUCUCAUCGGCGCGUGUCUCAUCGCCAUCUUCCCCUCAUCAUCCUCACCAUCAUCAUCCCCCACCUCAAACCACCGGAUCAGUUUCCGCGACGCUUACUCCACGUCAGACGCCCUCAUCAACCCGACCCGACCCGUAUUCCGUUCCGGGUUCGGGUCGAUGAACUCGGGUGGGAAGAUUCCGUUGGGUCUGAAAAGAAAAGGGUUGAGGAUUGUUGUGACCGGUGGUGCCGGGUUUGUCGGGAGUCAUCUUGUUGAUAGGUUGAUGGCGCGUGGUGACAGCGUGAUAGUUGUGGAUAAUUUUUUCACGGGGAAUAAGGAUAAUGUGAUGCAUCAUUUUGGGAAUCCUAGGUUUGAACUUAUUAGACAUGAUGUUGUCGAACCUUUGUUACUUGAAGUUGAUCAGAUCUAUCAUCUUGCUUGCCCUGCUUCCCCUGUUCAUUAUAAACAUAACCCUGUCAAGACCAUUAAGACGAAUGUGGUUGGGACAUUGAACAUGUUAGGAUUAGCUAAGCGAGUUGGGGCUCGGUUUUUGCUAACGAGUACUAGUGAGGUCUAUGGUGAUCCAUUGCAACAUCCUCAAGUCGAGACUUAUUGGGGAAAUGUUAAUCCUAUUGGUGUUAGAAGUUGUUAUGAUGAGGGAAAGCGGACUGCUGAGACGUUAGCGAUGGAUUACCAUAGAGGUGCUGGCGUUGAGGUUAGGAUUGCAAGGAUAUUUAACACAUAUGGUCCACGAAUGUGCAUUGAUGAUGGUCGUGUUGUCAGUAAUUUUGUUGCUCAGGCACUUAGGAAAGAGCCUUUGACUGUUUAUGGUGACGGAAAGCAAACAAGAAGUUUCCAAUUUGUUUCGGAUUUGGUGGAGGGUUUAAUGAGAUUGAUGGAAGGUGAACAUGUAGGGCCGUUUAAUCUUGGAAACCCUGGUGAAUUCACCAUGCUUGAACUUGCUCAGGUGGUUCAAGAGACAAUUGACCCGAAUGCAAAGAUAGAGUUCAGGCCAAACACAGAGGACGACCCACAUAAGAGGAAGCCCGAUAUCACCAAGGCAAAAGAUCUCUUGGGCUGGGAGCCAAAGGUGCCUCUACGCAAAGGUCUCCCUAUGAUGGUGUCUGACUUUAGGCAACGUAUCUUUGGUGAUCAUAAGGACAACGGUGUGACUACCACCUCAUCAUCCUCCACCUCAGCUUAAAGGACUACACUUUUAUACCAGUAAAAUAUGAUGAUAUGAAGCAGGAAACGGAAGGCGUAUACUAUUUUGUCUUUAAAGCAACGGUUCCCUUUACCAUGAACUAUUAUAGCAGAGGUUACGCCCUUCUCUACCAUUGUAAUGGGUUUGAGUCGGCUAUAUUAGCUUUUCGGGCAUGUAUGUCAUUUUAUUAAUAUCUUAAAAACAGGAUGUGGGAACUUAAUUGGUAAUUUACAGAGAGAAGUUUUACCUUGUAGCCUACCACCUGCACUUUAUUAUUGAUGAUAAUGCAAUUGCAUUUUAUAUAUUAA